CGGAGUUUCAACAGAAUUCAACAAUCCCAGAGCGGCGACAGGUUGAGACUCCCGUCUGCGAAGCCUCCAACUCAUUUACAGGAUAUUUAUUCACUUGUAGGACGUUUCCUACCUGUCAUCCGGACCCUCGGGGCAGUUUCGAAGGACUUUAUACGAUUUAAAGGGAAUUUUGAACCGAGAUUGUCUGUUAGUUUGAGAGGCACGCGCUGAAUAGAGAAAGGCGCAUCUUAUUUAUAAGUUUCAGUACUUAGCGAUCGAAGGAAACCAGAAUAAACGCUUAACAGUUUUAAUCUACGGCGAUUAUCAGUGGACUGUUUUGUCAGAUUUUUACGGCUUUCAGCUGAUUUAAUUCAACAAGCGGACAACAGACGCAUUAAUCAAGUUGGACUGUCCACCCUUUUCCCUGAUGAACAUGUCAAGAAUGUUAGGCGCACUCUUACUCCUAAUUCUUCAAGGAUCACUGGCUCAGCGGGUGAGGGUGGAGCCAGAAGUCGUGUCAUAUCCUGGUCAGACUGUGACAUUGCGGUGCCAGUUUCAAGAGCGGGGCGAUACCCAGCUCACUCAGGUGUCAUGGAUCCUCGAACCGAUUGAUGGGGAGCGAACCAACAUUGCCGUUUUCCAUCCACAGUUUGGGAUAAAUUAUCCAACAAAAUCCCCCGUAGUAGGGCGUGUCGGUUUUGUACUGAACCCGCCCACUCUGGACAACCCAUCUAUUCAAAUCAAAGAUGUGAAGAUGACCGAUGAGGGACGAUACAUCUGCGAAUAUGCCACCUACCCUUCUGGCAAUGAACAGGGAGUGUCAUCACUGAUCAUGCUGGCUAAACCGAAGAACAUCGCUUCUACAGUCACAGUUACUGCAGGCAAAACUCCGGUCAUCGCGGCACGCUGUGAAUCAUCCAAUGGCCGUCCUGCAGCGACCAUUUCUUGGUCCACCACGCUGAACGGAAAUGCGACAACGCCACAGACGACGAACAAUCCCGACAACACGGUCACCGUCCAGAGCCAGUACAUGCUUGCCCCGCAGCCCGCGGAUAACGGCAAAGACAUCACCUGCAUUGUGUCACACCGCACCAUGCCCCAACCAGAGACCUUCCCCAUGAAACUCGUCGUUGAGUAUCCUCCACAGGUGCAGAUAGUGGGGUAUGAUAACAACUGGUACAGGGAUCGGACAAAUGCGUUUUUGACUUGUCAGCAUGAUGGAAACCCUAUCCCCACCACGGUCACCUGGAAAACUUUGUCUGGCCUGAUGCCUGAAACGGUACAGGUGCAGGACAAUCGUCUCGCCGUGCAGAAAGUGGAUGACACCGUCAACACAACCUUCAUCUGUGAGGUCAGGAAUAGUCUGGGAUCUGCCAAAGAUCAGGUCACCAUUAUCGUGAGGGAGCAAGCACCUCCCACCUCGAAUGCGGGUGUGAUCGCAGGCGUGAUCUUCGCUUGUAUUCUGGUCCUCUUACUGAUAGCCGGUCUCAUCUUCUUCCUGGUAAACCAUAAACGUCAACAACAGCAAGGCUACCGCGGCACCGGCAAGCCAGCCGGCGCUCCCUACGACUCCAUUACGCGCCUCUUCGGCUCUUCUAAAUCGGGCAAAAACGGCACCGGGAACAACGGCAACAACAACACGCCCAUUUACAGAGGAGACGUGGGGCUUAAUGAGAAAACCAAUCAGGGCAUCCAUCCUGGAGGCAUGGCUCUGCUCGAGACCACCCAUACUCAUACGGCGGAGGAUAUUCUGCUUAGUAGUGAAAUGGACGAGGCUGAAAGAAAGAAAUUCGACGAACUAGAAGAAGAGGAUGAAAGAUAUGACCAUUUCGGUGGAGGGGGACCCAUCCUGCAGCUCCGCCAGCAUGAUGAUGACCUGGAUGACGAUAUGGAGUCCCAGAAGGACGGAUCUGUGAUAUCUCGGACUGCUGUGUAUGUGUAAGAGAGGUUCUGAAAGAUCGAGAAUAAACAGUGGAGCUCCUCCAGCAGGAUUGCAUUUCUUCCUCUUAAUGAACAUUCAUUUUAUUGUAAAAACAAAUGAUGACAUCAAAUACCAUGGAUGGACUGAUUUAAUGAAUGGAUGAAUUAAUACGCAGGAUAUAGCACAGAUUAUAAAAAUGAAGGAUCCGGUAAAGGAAAUAGAGACUAUAUAAAAAAAACUGUCAGGCUUCCAGGUGACACGUACGAAACUUCAGAUGUUGACACUGCGUAAUAUAUAUAUAUGACAUGCACACAGACGAAGUUGUAUGUAAAUGCACUGUGCUGUUGGUCAUGUAAUAGUAGUUUUAAGUUGUUUUUAUUUUCGAUACAUCAUGUUUCAUAAUAACCUAAAACCUGAUUCACUUAGCGUGAGUUAAAGCACACUCUCUCUCUGCCUUUCCCUUUAUUUUUCUUUCUCUCUCUCUCUCUCAUCCUAUGAAGCGUGUCCAUGUAUAUAUGUUUAGAUUUUAAAAGAGAUAAAGUGUAUCAUUUUUUGCCCUGUUACACUUACUAAAUCAAUCAUCCUGAUUUGACUAGCGCACCUCUGCGACCUUGUUUCUUGUAAAUCGCCCUCCCACGCUCAUCCGUCUUGGGAUAAAGUGUUCGGUUCAGUUCUCAGCCGCUCAUUAUACAGCACUCAAUAUCUGAAUCACAGGACAUGACUCACCAGCGAAUCGUUUGGUUUCGGGGCUAAUCAAAUCACAUCAAAGUUAAUAAAUAAUGUGAUCGUUUUCACCCACAAUCCAUUUUGCCAGUAAAAACGUUCAAAGCUACGUUCGGGGGUCAAAGGUUAUUCCUGCACAUGUACAAUACUCUUAUGCAUUAGAUGAAGCCUGCAACGAUAAAUCAUUAAAAACAUGUAGCAAGAAUAAAACAAGGAAGUCAGGGUCACAUUGUUCACCACAGUAAAGUGUGUAUAAAUGUCAAACUAAAUAUAAUGUGUUAUAUUAACUAAACUAAACUUACAAUGUUAUGGUGAAUCCACAUAUGUGCAUCUAUAUUUACAACUAUAAGUCCACGAUGGUUACCAUGGCUACACAGCUAAAUAUAUACCUCUCCUGUAACACAGCAGUUACGCGUCCCUUACUCGGUUAUUUCCCCGUUUAGGUGUUGUUCCUCUUCGUUGGGAGAGACUGCCAGUGUAGGGGAAAAUAAAAUGAAGAAGCGUUUGAAUGAAACGAAAGGUUGUGCGUGCCGUUCGAUGUGAGGUGAUUGUAUAGUACUGUAUGUACACAUUUUAUUUUUCUUAAAAACGAAAAAUGUCUAUAUCUAUAUGUUGUAAAUACAAAGAUGGAGUGUGGAGAACGUUGCACGUGAAGCACAGCUCUAUGAAUUUAAAUAAGGGCCGCUUCGUAUCCGCUUCGAGCACAUAUCACUGUAUCCGUAAUCUAGUGUAAACUGUGCUACUUUCACCCAUGAGUAUCACUGAUCUAAAAAGUCACUGUGUCGGGUCAGGUGUAGUUUUUCCUUAUGCUUUUGUUCGCGUGUGUGUGUGUAGAUGAGUCAGCAUGUUAAGUUGUGUCUGACUCAAGAGCGGUUACUCUCUCGGGAUGUCGUACACACGCUGUGAUUUAGACUGGACAUCACGCGCGCGCACACACACACUCCCUCUCUAAAUCAUUUGUCAAUCUACAGUAGCUGCCCUUGAGUCUUUAAGUGCUACUCUGUGUUUCCGACCAUGAGAGGGCACACUGGGUACUGUAGUGUUGUUUUCCCGGGUUGAUUCAGUGACCCUAAUAGACCCACGUUCAGAUCGAUACCAUUAGAGGAGUUGGUCUCAAUGGGUGACAGGCUGGCGGCUCUGAACCGACAGCUUGACUGGCACUGAAUAGGCCGGGCUUACGAUGCAUCCUAGUUUACAUCCUGAUUGAAAGGUCAGACUGCCAUCCGUCCUUUGAUGCAGAUGUGAGAGUAGAGGAAGUGAUGUCACUCGUGCUCUGAGGAGCAGACCGUUUAAGCUUCUCAUUAAGGAGAGAAUGUGCUGACCUUCCAGUUCACCAUCUCCACCAGGAAUUCGGUAAUGAAGGAAUGAACGCCUUGAGAAUAUUAAGGAAGAAAUUUAUGAAAAGCGAGAAUUUAUGAAACUCUUGCGUUUUCUGAUUUAGGUGUUCUGCGGACUUUGUACACGUGCACACAUUUUAAAGCCUUAAGUAUACCUGUCACAAACCAUUUCCCCUGUGUAUAUAUUAUAAAUAUAUCAACAAACGAUAAACAGUGAUGUCACCCUGCUGUGAUCAUGAAGGAAAUACAGUUUUAAUUGAGUUUUUUAUGAAAUGAUUUGCUGUUGUUUAUUAUUUUCUCUUAUGUUUUGUUUAAUGAUCUGUGCUUAAAUUGUUUUAUUCUGAGUGCUUUAUUGGUGCCUGUAAUGUGUUUGUGCUGUACAGUUAAACGGUGCUCUCAAACUCUCUCUCUCUCAUGGACACAGAAACACAUCUAUACUAAACGCUUUAUCACCUGAGUUUUGUUUUGGCUGUCUGAAAAUGAUUUAAAGUCUCAGUCUUUGUAAAAUUGUUUUUUAUUUUGUUUGCUUAUUAAAGUCUUAAAGAUA